CAUUUCACCAUCCGCCUACCGGUACCUCUGCCUCCAUAGUCCUAGCCUGGUUACCUGAGCAGCCCAAGUCUCGGUGCGCGUCCCCGCGCAAUCAUGUAUUUGGCUCUUCACCGAAAUCAUGGAAAUACAGAACGGUGCUCCACACUGGAGGUCCUUGCCCGUUGGCCCGUGAACAGCUUCCUCGGCGGGGCGGUUCAGGGCGUGCUAGGCAGCGCUCGGCAACGGUUCGCAGGCAUCCAAUCCAUCUUCGCCAUGAUUCAGUAUAAUCUCUCUGGCUGGACCGUGAAGCUCGUUGCUGUUGCUCUGCCGUGGUCCCUGAAUCUCCGCAUAUCGCUAGCCCAGUUAGCCUCGGCUGCCUGGCGGUCUCAGAGGCCGCUGUGGACCUUGCCUGAAAAGCACGCCGCGAAUUGCGCUAAGACUGGGAUGGCGGAAGGCCAACUCGAGAGACCAGUCUUCAGAGCGGCAAUUUAGGUCUGCAAUGCGAGGGGGGCGUGAGGCUGACAUAAAUGCAUGGACAGGAGGAGCCGUUUUUUAGGC